AUGGACUCGUUGACCGGUGGCUUGUGUUUGCGUUUAGCCAUCGAUGGUCUGCCCGAAGAAGUGGUGAAGUUCAAUUGGUUCACAAAUGCUGUCAUAGAGUGCGCUGAAUGUCAGCCAAAAGUUGUAGUCAACCUUUUGGUAGUCAUCAUCGAUAUGGCCAACAGUCCGACGGUUAUCCGACGGCCCAUAAGCGCCGACUGGGAAUCGGCUAUUAUGAACCCACACACCAAAGUCAUCGCAUUGAGAAGUAUACCAUUGAAUAGUGGAUCACUCGAGUCGAUGACAAUCGGCACGACUUGA